UCUACAUACUUGUCAGGUGAAUGCAAUGGUGAGGAAAAUGCUGUUCUCCAACCUGCAGAAACAGGUAAAGGAUGAGUAAGGUGUGCGCAGGCACUAGGACCGCCUUGUACACCUCUUUUCCACGUUCUCUCCUGUGUGCAGCCUGUUGUAUGAGUGCAGAUCAAAGUGCAGAAAGGCUGGGUUAUUCACCGUGCCUCUCCCCUGGGUUUAGUCAUAUAGAAUAUGGCCCAGCUGCUGAAAAGUCUGCAGGACCCACAGCUGGUGGCCCAAUUCCAGAGGUACUGUGGGCUGACCCUGCAGCCAAAGGGUGAGGCUAAUGGGAUUUCUCUAGGGAAUUAUCCUUUAGAGACCAAUCAAGGAGCAAGAUGCAAGACCACAGGGGGCAAUGGAAUUCCCCAGCAAAAUGGUAACACCAACCACAGCAAUGGAUCAUAUGCAAAUGGAGCACUCAAACAGGGCAAUACCAAGAAAUACCGGGUGCAGAACUAUUUUCUGUACUACCUCUUCAGAUUUGCUGCUGCUCUGGGACAAGAAGUGUUUUACAUCACUUUCUUACCUUUCACCUACUGGAAUCUUGAUCCUUUCAUAGGGCAUCGUCUGGUUGUUGUCUGGGCUAUUGUCAUGUAUUUGGGCCAAGCUUCUAAGGACCUUUUAAAAUGGCCACGUCCUUCAUCUCCCCCUGUGGUAAAGCUGGAAACCAGAGUAGAUGCUGAAUAUGGAAUGCCAUCCACACAUGCUAUUGCUGCUACUGCAAUUUCAUUCACGUUCCUCUUGGCAACAGUGGGGCGAUAUCAGUACCCAUUUUGGCUUGGAUUUUUGGCUGCACUCUUCUUAUCCACUCUUGUGUCCCUUAGCAGGCUGUAUACAGGGAUGCAUACUGUGUUGGAUGUCAUCUGCGGAGCUUUGAUCGCCCUGUUAUUUUUGGCAUUAACUUACCCAGUAUGGGACAAGAUGGAUGAAGUGCUUCUUGCCCACCCUCUCUCUCCAAUAUUUACAGUCACUGUGGGCUUUCUCUCAAGCUACAACUACCCUAAAAUGGAUCAUUAUAGUACCACCCGAGCUGACACUACUACUAUAAUUGGAGUUGCAGUUGGCACUUGUGUGGGUGUCUCAGUCAGCAAGCUUCAACUGAAUUCUAUACCUUCAAGCCAUUUUCCUCUGCCCAUUCCUCCCAUCAGUUUGCACAGUGUGGUACUACAAACAGAGCGGUUUCUUCUCGGGGUCCUUCUUCUGCUCAUAACACGAUUUGUUGCAAAAACACUCUCACUGCAAACUCUUGGUAAAUGGCACAAUGUUUGCACUCAGGACCAUCUUGUUAGGCAAAGACUGGAAAUUGAAGUGCCCUACAAGUUUGUGACCUACACCUCAAUAGGCCUUGUUGCUACUGGCGUGGUUCCUCAGCUCUGUGAGUUUCUAGGAAUAUAAGGAGCACAAUUAAGAGUUAACAGCAUAUCUGAGCUACUACUUUAAAAGUAACCAUCACAGACAUGAGUGUUUACCACAAUGAUUGUACUGAACGUUUUACAAACAAGCCACUUCUUCAAGUCCAAGGCUCAGUACUAUCCUGAUGUUAAUUUGGGAAAACAAAAAUAUCCAGCCACCUACUAAACUAUUGCACAAGGCUUUCUUUGUGAUUGCACAGAAUACCCUGGUGGUGUGACUAGUGAUUAGAACUAAUUACACUUUAGUGUUUUUGCACUUGCACUACUUACUGGGUUAAGAGAGAGAGAGAGAACAACCACUAGGAAGAAACCUAACACUUUCUAACAAAUGAUUAUAGUCAUUUUAGAACAGUUUGUUGUGCCACACAAAGUCCGGCUAUCAACACUAAUAUUUUCACAAGUUAGGAAAGCUUUUCAAGAAUCGUCUUACAGGAUAAUAAAGUUCUCAAGUGGGCAACAACCAACCAAAGCUGCUCCUCCCAUGGGUGAACUAAUUCAUUUACCCAACAUCCAGCAAAAGGAAUGGCCAGGUGUUCGAGGUCACACCUAGGUUGUGAGGUGCCACAAGUUGGACAUCCAGUGAUGUUGUGGCCUUAGCUUGAUCACUAGGAACAAUGAUUCCUGUUCUACAGCACUGACAAAUAUUUUCAUGGUGUCUUCUGUAUCAUCCAGUUAGUUUAGUUAGUAUUUUCAAUUCUCCUAUAUUAAAGGAGUAGGCUAAAAUGAAGACUGCGGGUUAUUGUAUAUAUAUAUUAUAUAUUGUAUAUAUAUUAUAUAUACACACAUAUAAAGAAAUCACAAUAAACCCAUCAAGUCUGAAUGUCUGACUGUAAAAAAUCCUACAUUUAAAGAAAAAAAAUUGACCCCUUCUUAGAAGCUGUUAUUUCUAAUCUUUAAUUAUAUAGAGUGUAUACACAUUAAACAAAAAAACCCUUAAACAUGAAGCAAGAAAAAUUAUGAAUUUUUCUUGGUUGAAAGGGUUGUGUUUGCCAAGCCAGUAUUAAUUGUAUGGUCCUACUAUAUACAUGCAAUGUCCAACCCAAACGGUAUCUAACUUAUCAGUCUGUGGCCCAAACAAACAAAUGCUUUAUAACUGACAUACACAGUUAUGGGAAAAUAGUAUUCUGGUAGUUUGGGACAAUGGCUUAAAUAAUUAGAUCUGCUGGCCAAGAAAAUAAACUGCAGCUCUUCAUCUGUUGAAGCACAAUGCACCCAUUGACAAGCUGAUUGGACAAAUCUGUUUCAAUGCAAUAUGGUUGAAAUUGCCCCAUUCUGGGUGUGUAUGGCCUUUUAAAGACUCCUUUAGGUCCGGUUCUGACUGUAGCAGGCAGUUGGCUCCCAAGAGAGCAAACCUCAGAGCCUUUUUGUCUGGGGUCUUUGCAGCAAUGUCAUGGGCUUCAAAUAAAUAACUGAAUGAAUCCCCAAAUAGGUUAUAAUAAUCAGUGUUAAAAAAAAAAGGUGGUGUGUGGACUGGACUAGGGAAGCAGGAACGGAGCUCCUAGAGAAAUACAAAUGGUUCAUGUAAUGAGAUGAGAUGGUGUAUAUCUGCAAAUGAGGGGCCAUGAGGUUCUGAAUGUUGUGUUUAGGCAUAAAUGCCCAGUUUUUAUAUUUAACAAAUAUCUGCUUGCACUGCUGCCUCCCCUGAAUUCUGUACAUUUACACUGAACAAAUCUGGUUAUCCUGUACAUGCAAUGCACAGAUCAUUCCUAGAAAUAAUGAAAGCAGCAUUUCAUUACAUUAAAAUGUGUAUGUGCUUACUGGUCUUUGUUUUUCACUUGGUAUUUGGUAUUUUGUAUUGGAAAUAAAAGGCAUCUAUAGAGUUUA